AUGGCCUCGUUUCGGAAUCUUCCCAGCUUUAUGAGCUUGAUUGAUACAGUCGACAACGUGCCACUCGACUUUGACUUUGGUAAUUUGUACAAGCUUCUACUCCCCGGCGACAGAAGACCCCACGGUUUCAUCGUCCCGGCCACUGUCUCGAGAUUGCCCUGGACGGGCGACUUCGUCGUCAACCACGAGCGCCGCUUCGUCCAGGUCAAGGAUGCGCCCUCUGACGUAGAUCCCAGCAGCUGGUGCAAUCGAGCCUUCCAGGCGGUGGUCGACGCCAUGGUGGCGGACGCCGACACCUUUAAGUCCGUCCACGGACGCCACAGCGAGUUGUUUCGCGUCAUGGGCGCAGACUACCCUGUCAGUAUCGAGAGGUUCCCGGCGCCCCUAUUCGGAAUUGGCUCUCGCGGGGCGCACAUGACAGGGUACGUGAGGACUGCCGAGGGCCUGAAGAUUUGGGUGCCGAGGCGGAGCCGGCACUUUAUUCACGUACCCUGGCAUGCUUGA